ACGUCCAAUUAUAUCCUCCAUCCUUCCAUGGCUAUAAAAAGAUGAUGUGGAUUGUAUUGCUCAUCCUUUCAGGCCUCGCCCGGGCAGCUAUCCCCAACGCCAUGCUUCGCGGCAUGCCUUUUCUUCCAAAGCUCUCAGGGUCCCAACGUUCCCUCACUUCAUUCAAUGGCACAACGCUCCCACCUAUUACGACCGUCUAUUACUUUGAUCAGCUCAUCGAUCACAAUAAUUCAGACCUCGGAACCUUCCAACAGCGAUACUGGAUGGAUUGGGAGUUUUACGAGCCUGGUGGCCCCAUCAUCUUGAUGACGCCUGGAGAAACUGACGCGGAUGGCUACGAGGGCUACCUUACCAAUGAAACCAUCAAUGGUCUCAUCGCUCAACAACAAAAUGGCGCAACCAUCAUCAUCGAACAUCGUUUCUUUGGCUAUUCCAAUCCAUACGACAACCUCACAUCACAAUCCCUGGCUCUCCUGACCAUCCAGCAGGCUGUUGAUGAUCUCGUAUAUUUCGCCACCACUGCUGACCUUCCCAUGCCUGGGGGUAACGCUGUAAAACCAGGUCAAGCGCCAUGGAUACUGAUCGGAGGAAGCUACUCGGGGGCCCUCACAAGUUGGACGAUGGUCAACAAGCCGGGAAUUUUCUGGGCUGGAUAUGCAUCUUCGGCCGUUGUAGAAGCCAUCACCGAUUAUUAUGCUUAUUUCACACCUAUUCGCGAGUAUAUGCCACAGAACUGUUCAUCUGAUGUACAGGCAGUGAUUGCAUACUUGGAUGGGAUGUUCACGGCUAAUGACACCGCUGGAAUCCAGACGCUCAAGGAAGCAUUUGGCCUCGGAGAUGUUGUACACGUAACCGAUUUCGCCAGUGCACUUCAAUACAACCUGUUUGAUUGGCAAUCUCUGCAGCCCGAUGUUGGCCCAGGAGCAAUGUUCUUCGAGUUCUGUGAUGCACUUGAAGUCAAGGACGGCAUUAGCGCCGGACCUCGGGGAUGGGGACUAGAUAAUGCUAUCUACUCUUGGGGUAACUUCUGGAAUACCACGUACUACAGCUACGUCUGUGGAGACGAGGAUGCCGAAACUUGUCUUGGGACGUAUAACACGAGCCAGUCGUUCUGGACUGACGUUUCCGUGAAUAAUGCAGACAGGUCGUGGCUUUGGAUGGUGUGCAAUCAAGUCGGAUGGUACCAGGUUGGCCCUCCUGAAGGCCAGCCCGCAAUUUCCAUUUACAAUGAGCGCCAAUGCGUGAACAUGUUUCCUCAAGCCUUUGCCUAUCCACCUCAGCCGACCACUGCACAGACUGAUACUACGUAUGGCGGUUGUAACGUGGACAUCCAGCGUCUUUUCUUCGCCAACGGCCUGCGUGACCCAUGGCGCGAAGUGACUGUCUCUGCUGAUGGGUUGAAUAAGCCUAGCACUCCCAGCAUGCCAAUCUAUGAGGGCGAUGGAUUCCACUGCUCAGACCUGAUCACGGAGAAUGGCAUUGUAGACCCGACUAUUGCGGUCGUGCAGGAAGCAGCAUUGAUGUACAUGCAUGAGUGGCUUUCUGAGUGGAAGCCUAAUGCUUGACGACUUCUGUAGAAUGUGGAAGGUGCCGAUUCCUGAACGCUCGGAAGGAACCGGCACCACACGUCCAGCUGAGUGACAAGCGUUUUCUUCUUCCUCGUGGUUUUCUUCUUCACUGCAUCAUAUGAUCGAUCCGCUCGCUCCUUUCACAGUACUCUCACUCCUUUCGCAAUACUCUCGUUGCUUACGCAGUACUCUCGCUCCUUUCACAGUACCCUCGCUCGCUAGUGUACAUUUGAGUAAUCGUUCAUGAAUACCCGCUUCGUAUAAAAUGGUCAUUCAUUUAGCCCGCAUGUCGAGUUUUCCCGGCGGCAAUCUUGCCAGCGUUCGGGCCGAGUUAACGCCCGGCCCCAGCCCACUGUUCGUCUGACUUCAACGUGUGUGCGAUAGACGAGGCUGGAUAGAC